UUGAGAAAUAGAAGACAUUGAAUACAUUAUCAAAACCAUUAUAUCAAAAUGAAUGAUCAAACAGCACCUUGACAUAACUAUCUAAUAUAGACUAUCGACGCGAACCAUACUAAGACACAAGGGUGAACUCAUGUGCUCAUGAUAGUCAGGCAGUUCUUGCUUAACUCGUGAAAUCUGUCAUGUUUUAAAUCCGAUGAUUUUAUUUUCGGUUCUAUUAAGGUAUCAUACAAUGCUUUACUGUAUUGGAGAUGCCAAGGCAUGAUACCAAUUCAUUUACAUGCCUUUUUAAAACUUGUUGAACCAAGUACAGUCUAUCGUAAUUUGUAUCGACAAGAAAAGUUACCGUUGAAGCAUGUGUAAUAAUUUAUAAAUUCUGUAAACAAGCUCAUUUUUAGAAAGAAAAAAACAAGACUGUUAUAAUUUAUCAUUCGCUAUCUAAAAUCCCCUGUUAGUCAAACAGCAUCAAUGAUACAGUAAGAUUUUCAAUAAAAUAUUUUGAAUAUUGGUUGAUAGACACGAAACAACAUUUAGAAGAAGAAAACCCAUUUUAGCGAAGCUAUAUUUUAUACAAGUUUAAAUUAUUGGUAACUUUUGUUUACUUCAUUUUCAGAUAUGUCAGUAAGCAAAGUGUAGGACUGCAUCAUCAUUCUUGCUUUUUUUUACACAAGAAAAUUUAGGAUUCGUUUAAAUUCUUAUUUACAAUGGAUUUGCGUGGAAAACCAGACAUUAAGAUUUCAGAACAUUGUGAAAAGCAUGACUCUAAAGAAAUUGUCUCAUGGUGUCCUGUGCAUGACGUGGGCGUGUGUUCUGAAUGUCAAGAAAAUGACCAUUCCGAUUGUGAUGGGCUGGAACCACUCAGUGAAAUUGUCAGUAUAGCUCAGCUUAACAGUGAUUUCAAAACACUGAAAGUUAAGUUUGGAAACAUAAGAAAAAUAUAUAAAAAGUUGCAAAGAGAAAGAGAAGGCAAUAUAGAGAGUGUAAAAACUCAAAAAGUACAAAUUCGCGAUGAAAUUAGGAAAUUAAGAGAAAAUCUAAAUUAUCAUUUGAUAGAACUAGAGAACAAACUCAUCAGUGAACUGGAUAAAACAUGUGAAAAAUACGCUACAAACCUUUCGGGAGAAAUAACUGAUUAUAAAUAUCGAAAUGCUGUUCUUGAUUCACAUGACGACGAAUCGGCGAAAGCUAAGGAAUAUGGGUCUAAUUUACAAAUUAUUUUAGCUGCUAAGAAAGGAAUGGCGAUUGCAAAACACGAGGUAGAACAUCUUACGAAACUAAAUGAGACAAUUCGAAACUAUUCAGUUGAAUUCAAACUCGCCGAAGCCAUAAAAGAUGUUUUGAAUAUAAAAUCGUUAGGCUCAGUUGAAACAAUAGAAGCAAACGCUUACGUAAACUUGGAAAUGCUUAAUAUCAAUCCGUUCUUACCAAGUCUCAAAACUGUUAAACCAAAAACAACAGUUGAGAACAAAGAAGACCAUCGAUGGCAUAGAACACGUUUAAAACGCAGUAAGGAGUUUAAUAUGAAUACUUCUCUUGACAAGUUCCUUCCUGAAGUGUCUGGGGCUGCAUUCAUGCCAGAUGAGAGCAUUAUUUUAGCUGAUACAGCUCACAAGAGGCUUUUACAUGUGAAGGACAAGGGUCAAAUAUUUCAAGAAGUUUCCUUGCCAUUCGAACCGUUCGAUGUGGCUGUACUAGGAAAUUCGAAGCUCUUUAUAUCAAUGUUGAAUGAUCGUCGAGUAGAAGUCCGUGAUAUCAAUUCCAUGGAACAAAUUGAUGAACUUAUUCUCCCUAGUAACGCAUCCGGUCUAAACGCGUAUGAAGACAGUCUCUUGGUAGUAGUUUGUGAGAAAACUGGAUUAUAUUUAGUUGGGAGCGAUAAUAGUAUUAAUAUAAUAUCGAUGAAACACAACGACGAAGGUCCAGUUGACAUAAAUGCAGAAACUAUUAGUUAUGCUGAAACAAAGAAAUGUUUGGUGCAUUCGUACACACAUAGUGGAAAACGAAAAUUUACAUUGAAAGUUGAUGGUUUUGGCUAUAUACAUGGAAUAGCGUUGUUAAAAGAUAGCAGUAUUCUUGUGGCUAAGCUUAGUCCAGGCAGACAUAGUAUAACGCACAUUUCACAAGACGGGAAAGAUAAAAUGUUGAGAUUAGAACUAAACGAAAUAGCCUCACCAAGAUCACUGGCGGUGCACCGAAAGAAACGAAAACUGCUAUUGGUGCAUGGAGUGAGGAAAAUAUCAAUUUUUCAAGAACUAUAACUAGCAUAAAUUACACAUACAAAAUUGAAAUACUCAGUUUGUCAAUGACGUAGCAUUAGAUAUUUGCAAUUCAAUUGUUUUAAUAACUAUACUACCAGGGCUGUACCAAAAAUGUGUAUUGUUGAAGCCAAAUUUUUGUUUGAAUAAAUAAUUUGCCGAAUUCAAAUUCAAACAUUUAAUCAUGAAGGGUAAUAUAACAAAUAUACAUUUCCCAUUUGUUAAACAUUAUUUACAAUAUUUUUGAUCUCUGCUUCAAAAAUAAAUAGGCUUAGCAUGAACAAUACAUACUUCUUUUGAAGGAUAUCACAUUUGUUGGACAUAUAUAAGAUAUUGCAUAGCAACAUAUACAAUCACAAAAUAUUAAUAUGGUGCCAUUGUAGAAUAAAAAAAAAAUCCUUACGUUCUGCAAUAAAUAAUAAAAAAUAUA